AUGAACCGGGACAGAUCGGUACCGGGGCAUGGAUCAGACUCGGUCCAGCCCGUGAUGAGCCGGGACAGAGCGGAGACCGGAGACGGCAUCCAGACCGUAGUUUGCCCCGACAGUCAGGACAUCCUGGACGGAGGAGUAGCCGGAGAGAAGCGUCUUUUCUCCAGCGCUGUAGCCGGGGGAAGAGACGGGCAGGCCGGGGAGAGCCACUCGGAACCUCCGCCGACGAAUCCAGUGAUACCUCCGCCACAGCAGGGCCCCACCGGACACCGUACCACCUCGUUCUCCGUUCUGGACAUCCUCGACCCCAAUAAGUUCACGAGCAGCCGGAGACCGCAGCACGCGAGCCAUAGAGCAGAGCGCGAGCUCAGCGCGUGCGGGGCGGAGAACCGAAGAGAGCGAGAGCCCAGCCUGGAGCCCAGCAAAGCGUGCUACACGGCGGAGGAAUACCCCAGCAAGGAAAGUUUUGUGUACAGAAGUCCAGACGAUGAUGACUACCACAGAUCUGGGACUCCGGACUCAGAGGCUCCAGAUGGGCCAUACAGCAGCGAGGAGAGCAGCUCAGCUCUGCCCUCAAACGGAGACAGAGAUCUGAACCAGCACCAGGACCCCAGCAGAGACACAGCAAGUCCUGGAGGAGGACCCACCGGCCAGAUCACCAACGGUCAAACCAACGGGAGCCAGAACCCGCAGGGCAAGCCCAAGAGGAAGCGCUCUGGCUCAGACUCCAAGUCGGGGAAACCCCGCAGAGCCCGGACUGCCUUCACCUACGAGCAGCUGGUGGCGCUGGAGAACAAGUUCAAGUCAACGCGGUAUCUGUCGGUGUGCGAGCGCCUCAACCUGGCGUUGUCACUCUCCCUCACAGAGACACAGGUGAAGAUCUGGUUCCAGAACCGCCGCACCAAGUGGAAGAAACAAAACCCUGGAGCUGACACUUCUGCCCCCACUGGCACCGGAGGAGCAGGAGGAGCGGGAGGGACAGGAGGAGGGGGGGGCCUGGGGGGUCUCAGUCCCCUCAGUCCCUCCCCUCCUAUCAGUGGGCACCUGGCGAUGCAUGCAGGCUAUGCUGGGCAUCAUCACCCCCCCACUGGCAGCCUGGUCCAGCUGCCAUUCCUCACCGCCAGCCAUGUCCUGUCGCCUUUCAUGCUGGGGACACAGAGCUACGCCGCCCCCACCUUCUACAGCACACACCUGUAG